CAAUUCGUCGACUUCCACGUGGUGUGGCGGAUCAACGAUGAAGAGGAGGACGAGAAGGACAAGUUCUAUCCCAUUAACUUCCUACGCAAUGUGGCGCUGCAAGGUUCCGUUGCACCCUGGGUGUUUGAGAUCGAUGUGGAUGUCAAGCCGAACUCAGACAUGAAGUCCAUGUCUCGAUGGGUGUUUGAGGCGGAUUUGCAAGUG